CCCUGCUCUCCUGCUCCCGACCCUGCGGCUCCGCGUCCCGUCUCGUCCCGUCCCAUCCCCGCCGGGCCCGACCUCGACCCCGCCCGGCCGCCGGCCCGCCCCUACUUCGCGGCGCUCGCUGCCGCACUCGAGGCGCGGAAGAUGGAGGACUACGGGCGAUUCUUGGCGCUGCUGGCCUCCGCGCUGCUGGUCGGCUUCGUGUCCGUCAUCCUCUCCUUCGUCUGGGUCUUCCACUACCGCGAGGGGCUGAGCUGGGACGGCAGCGCGGGGGAGUUCAACUGGCACCCCCUCCUCGUCGUCACGGGCUUCGUCUUCAUCCAGGGCAUUGCUAUUAUUGUGUACAGAUUGCCCUGGACCUGGAAGUGCAGCAAACUUCUAAUGAAGUUCAUCCACGCUGGAUUAAAUACCAUAGCUAUGAUUCUUGCAAUCGUUGCUAUGGUAGCCGCGUUCGAAUACCACAAUGCCCAGAACAUUCCUAACAUGUACAGUCUGCACAGCUGGAUCGGGCUGACUGCUCUUAUAUUUUAUUCUCUCCAGCUCUUCUUCGGUUUUGCUGUCUUUCUGCUCCCUUUUGCUCCAGUUUAUCUCCGAGCACUUCUCAUGCCAAUACACGUUUAUUCGGGUCUUACCAUCUUUGCAACAGUGAUUGCAGCCGCUCUCAUGGGAAUCACAGAAAAGCUUUUAUUUUCAUUGAGAGAUCCUGCAUACAGUUCAUCCCCUCCAGAAGCAACUUUUGUCAACUGUCUUGGUCUUUUGCUUGUCGUAUUUGGUUUACUUAUUUUGUGGAUGGCAAGCAGGCCCCAUUGGAAGCGCCCCCUAGAAGAGAGCACUAAAGUCCUGCGGCCCAUUGGAGGGACUGCUGAAGGCACAGAGGUGGAAUCCACAAUGACAAGUAGUAGUAAUGCAGAUAAAUCUGAUAUGAGGAUCAAUACUGAAGCAGCCAGAAAGCAAAACCUCAAGUUUGAUGAAUCAGGCCAAAGAUCAACUAUGUAAAGAAAAUACACAGAAUAAAAGUACUAUUAUACUGCCAAAAUCUGCCUGUCCCCCUGGUGGGGUUCUUUCUAAUAGUUAUAUUGAUAUAAAAAUAGGUUGGGGGGUUAUUUUCAUUAUGGCUUGCUCAAAGAGACUCAAGUUUUCUGCAUAUGAGUUUAAAUUCCAGUAAGUCCCAAACAUAUUAUACUGGUUCCUGCUCAGUUCUCAUUUAAAAAACGAGAGCAUGAAUGACAUGAAUGACAUGAAUGACAUCAGAUAAUUAAAAAAUGUUUUCCAUAUAAUUUCCUAAUUUUAUGCUUAUAUCCCUUAUAGCCAUGAAAAAUUAAAAAGAUUGAGACUAAAUUUUGCUCUGAUUUUGCAGGUUAUGACUCAGUCAUGCAGUAUACUAGACAGAAGAAUUUAGUUGUUCACACAUAAACUUUCUGGUAAUGUUCAAUUUUUUAGAGCUGUGAUUUCUCUAGCUGAUUAACCCCCUCACCAGCUGCUGAGAUCUAUGGGAUUUGAGGUCAUUCAGCACUUUGAGGAGUUGCUCCAUAAAAAUUACUCCAAUUUUAGUCUAAAAUUUUUAAUUCAAAACAAGAAAUUAAAAGUUUGCUUCAUAACUUCAUAAAAUGUUAUGUUUCCUUUACAAACUUGUGGUUAUUUUUUUUUUUAAAUCAGAAUGUAUCUGUUGACUUUUUAACAAACUCUACCAAAUAUAUUGUAUACAGACAACAUUUGGCUUUGGAUUAUGUGCAAUCAUUACUGAAAUCUAAGGAAAUGCAGAAUGGAAAUCCAAAUGCAGAAUUUGUCUUAUUUGAAAAGCUAUAGAAACACACUUAGAAAAAGAUAUAUCACUUGAACCAAGUCCUUUUAUCCCAGAAGACAGCAUUUUACUAUCUUUAUUUGAUUGCACAGUUCUGUUGAUUUAUGGCACUAGACUAGGAAUUAGGUUAGCAACCAGAAAAGACUACUAUCAGUCUGUCGGAAAAAAAGGAGCCUGAAGUAAGAAAUGCUUUCUGAAAGAAACAGCUGAGCUUUGCUGAUUUGAUUGAAGUGUUACCUAUUAACUGAAAGCCAAUUUGGGUAUCUCCACACUGAUACAAUCAUUAUUGUCACAGGCAUGAAGACAUAUUUUAUAAGCAAACUAUCUAAACUCUAUGACUUUUUAAUUUGAAAUUAGAGUGUUAAAUAAUGCAGUUUGAGUCUCUACUGGCACUUUACUCUUAUAGCUCUUUAUAAUAAUUGAAAUAUUUAUGUAUUAUGCUCAUUCAUUAAUUUCACAGAUAUAAACCAUAUUUAUAUUUUUACUACUAUAGAAGAAUAAGUAUAGUAGAUUAUUUUGAUUGCAUGUCAAAAAUUAUGAGCCUUUCUAUUAUAAUCUUUUGCAAAAGCUGCAGAGCCCACUAAAAGGCCAAAUUUACCAUUGUUCAUGUUGGAAUAAAGACAGUUUCAGACAGCAUAUAAUUUCCUAAUUUUUUAAACACUACAUAAAUUUUUAUCUACUUCAGCUUUUAAAAAUGUUUAAACCCAUUAAACUUUAACAAAUAUGCCA